GAUAGUAACAGGCGGGGACGAGCUACAAUUAGCUGGCGUGACAACAGCUGCUGUGGGUUAAAGGGACAGGGGGUGAGGUGCAUGUAUGGGAGGAAUCCGGAGUCACUGCGAGCACCUACUGUGUGUGCUUUGGAGAGACGGACACCGGGCUGUCAGGUCCGGGAUCCACAAGAGCCUCUCCUGAAGGAGGAAGUGACUGCGGCUUGAGAGACUUCCUGUGGGAAGAGCUUUGUGUCUCGGCAGAGAAGGCUGGAGCACGAGGAUGAUGGAUCGGUAUAAGAUCCCACGCACCAAAGAGCUGGAGUUUGGAGGGCCCCUGGGAGCCAUGAUCCUCAUCUUUCUCAUGCCAGCUACUGUCUUCUAUCUUCUGCUGACGUGUCGCACUGAGCAAGCCAGCGUGCUGAACUUCCCGCCCCCACUGCCACCCCUGAGCACCCUGUGGAGCCCCCACACCUUCCUGCUGCUCCUGGCUUGGGUGGGAUUCCAGGCUGCCCUCUACAUGCUGCCUAUGGGGAAGGUCACAGAAGGGAUCGUCCUUCGAGACAAGAGCCGGCUCCAGUAUCGCAUUAAUGCUUUCCAUGCGAUGGGGGUCACGGCCCUGGUGGUGGGGGCUGGACUGGCAGCCGGGCUGCGCCUCAGCUACAUCUACGACCACUUCCUGCAGUUGGCUUUCUCGGCCUUGCUGCUGGCCUUCGGCCUCAGCUUCCUCCUCUACUUCAAGUCCCUCUUUGCCCCAGAGACAACACUGGCACCAGGUGGGAACUCAGGGAAUCCUAUCUAUGACUUCUUCAUGGGCCAUGAGCUGAAUCCACGCAUUGGCUCCUUCGACCUGAAGUAUUUCUGCGAGCUGCGGCCAGGCCUCCUGGGCUGGGCACUGGUGAACAUGGCCAUGCUGGUGAAAGAGACUGAGCUGCGGGGAAGCCCCUCGCUGGCCAUGCUCCUGGUCAAUGCCUUCCAGCUGCUGUAUGUUGUGGAUGCACUUUGGAAUGAGGAGGCCAUCCUCACCACCAUGGACAUCGUACACGAUGGGUUUGGCUUCAUGUUGACCUUUGGGGACCUGGCCUGGGUGCCGUUCAUCUACAGCCUGCAGGCCUACUUCCUGGUCAACCACCCACAGAAGCUGAGCCUGCCCAUGGCUGCCGGGAUCCUCUUGCUCAAUGGUCUGGGCUACUGCAUCUUCCGCAGCGCCAAUUCCCAGAAGAACACUUUCCGCAGGAACCCCAAUGACCCCAGAGUAACUGGUCUCAAAACCAUCCCCACGGCCACGGGCCGGCGUCUCCUGGUGUCUGGGUGGUGGGGGUUUGUGCGCCACCCCAACUACCUGGGGGAUCUCAUCAUGGCUCUGGCCUGGUCUCUGCCCUGUGGCCUGACACACGUCCUGCCCUACUUCUACGUCUUCUACUUCACCGUGCUGCUGAUUCAUCGGGAGGCCCGGGACGAGCACCAGUGCCUGCGGAAGUACGGGCUCGCCUGGCAGGAGUACUGCCAGCGAGUUCCCUACAGGAUAUUCCCUUACCUUUACUGAGAUGCGUCCCAGCACAUCAUGCCCCAUGCAGACCCAAGCACAACAGCUUACAUCUGCCCACCUCUGCUCCUAAGGCUGGUAGGACGCUAGCCUCUGUCCUUACCACUGGGGCACGUUGUCAUCCUCUACCGCAUCAUUGCUGUGACACUGUCCAUGCUGAGUCAGUGCCAAACACCCACUCAACCAGUCCCCAAAGGGAAUUAAGUCCAUCUUCCUGGAAGUGCAGGAUUGUUCCCUCCAGUGUAUUCCAUGGAGCUAUGCACUGUCUAGCUUUAAAUGGUUCAUACAAUGCAGCUCGCAACUGGUCCCGGAGGGAGAGAAGAUCAUCUCAUAACGGAGCUUUCUUCUUCGUUAUGGAGUAAAUCCAGACCCCAGAGCAAGUGGGGAGACUCUUCCUCCUUCUGAACAUCCACAGUUGAAGUUGCUUUGACCAGCUGUGUCCUAAACGCCAUCAGCCCUAUCUGCACACUAAUGCUCGCUUACCAUCACUGCUGCCCAAAGGCAGCUUGGGGCUACGCCGAGCUUCGCCACUGAACACUAAAGAGGAACUGCAACCAAAUCAAGGCAAAUGGCAGUACUUAGGUGACAAGAUGCUGCCCCCAUGGCAAUUUCCCACAUGGAACUAUAGAUUUGUUUGUGGAGCUGCCUGAAUUCACAGGAAGUGGAUGGCUCAUGGAAGCUGAACUCCUUAUGUCUUAGAGAAGCUGCCACUCCACCCACCUUGUGCCUAUAGUGAAAUAGAAAGCCAUUGUGCCAGAGUGCGUGCAGAAAUUGAACAGACUCAAGGUGCUUUGCAAACUGCUAUGUGUGAUUAGCAGGCGAUGGUACUCUCUCCAUCCUGGAGUCUAGAGAGACCCACACACAACAAAGUUGGGUAAACACAUGGGAAGUUGUCCACACUCAUGGCCUUACACCAGAGGUGGGCAAACUUUCAAGGUACAGGAGGGGGCUCCGGGUUGGGGCAGGGACUUGGGGUGCAGGGGGGUGAGGACUCCAGUUGGAGGUGUGGGCUCUGGGGUGGGGCUGGGGAUGAGGGGUUUGGUGUGUAGGAGGGUGUUCCAGGCUGGGACCAAGGGGUUUGGAGGGUGGGAGGGGACACCAGGCUGGGGCAGGGGAUUGGGACACCGGGAGAGGGGGGAAGGGCUCUGACUGGUGGUGCAGGCUCUGGGGUGGGGCUGGGGAUAAGGGGUUUGGGGUGCAGAAUGUUGGGAAUCCUUAAGAAAGGGAUGAUAAGAAGAAGAAGACAGAAAAUAUCGUAUUGCCUAUAUAUAAAUCCAUGGUACAUCCACAUCUUGAAUACUGCAGAUGUGGUCGCCCCAUCUCAAAAAAGAUAUAUAGGAACUGGAAAAGGUUCAGAAGAGGUCUAAAAAAUCAUGACUGGUAUGGAGAAAGUGAAUAAGGAAGUGUUAUUUAUUCCUUCUCAUAACACAAGAACUAGGGGUCACCAAAUGAAAUUAAUAGGCAGCAGGCUUAAAACAAACAAAAGGAAGUAUUUUUUUCACACAGCGCACAGUCAACCUGUGGAACUCCUUGCCAGAGGAUGUUCUGAAAGUGAAGACUAUAACAAGGUUCAAAAAAGAACUAGAUAAGUUCCUGGAGGAUAGGUCCAUCAGUGGCUAUGGGCAGGGAUGGUGUCCCAAGUCUCUGUUUGCUAGAAGCUGGGAAUGGGUGACAGGGGAUGGAUCAUUUGAUGAUUACCAGUUCUGUUCAUUCCCUCUGUGGCAUCUGGCAUUGGCCACUGUUGGAAGACAGGAUACUGGGCUAGAUGGACCUUUGGUCUGACCCAGUAUGGCCAUUCUUAUGUACAACAAAACCCACAAUGUUCUCAUAACAGCACUAGAUGUCUGAGCUGCAUUCCUCUGUGCUUCACUCGAGCUUAAAGCGUUGCCUUCCAUGAGGGACCACAAUGGAGCUUACUGCAUGAUUGGUAAGGCUUUAAUGAAAGAGUCUAACAAUAUCACAACCACUACAGUUGGCUGCAAGCUCAUUGCAGGCUUCACCCUGGACAUCUGAGAAUGGAGCGUGCCUGAAUUCUCCUCUCCUGCUUGUAAGGAGGUGACAGCAGAAAAGUCAGCCCAACAGAUGCAUGGGUCAUGAUGAGAUGGAGGGUUUGUCUUCACUGCAACAGUUAGCUCAAGUGAGUACACUGGAGUUACUCACUCUAGCCGAGCUCAAAUGAAUCUCUACACUGCAAUCAAAUGUGUGAAUGCAGCCUAGACUGGUAUAGCCACACUACCUUUACUCUAGCUAACAUGGCUAAAAAUAGUGCUGUGGAUGCACGGGCUUAUACAGCACGUGCUGCUGCAUCGUCACUAUCCUCAGCCAUGCUAGCUAGAGUAAAGCUAGGGCAGGUGUGCCCACCCAAGCUGCAGUCAUGCCUCGGACAGCAGUGUAGACCUACACUGAGAGCAGCAUGAGAGCACCUGCACUGUGAAACAAUACUGGAGCUGUACAGGGUGAUUGGAUUAGCAGUUGAUGUGCUGCUGUAACUCAAGAUGCUGCAUUACAAGCUUGAGUGGCAGCAGCACUCCUGCUUCAACUUCCAACCCCGUACAGGCCAGCUAGCUUGAUUUUAAAGCACCACUUAACUCAUGCUAGAAAUGUGUGUGUGUGUGUGUGUGUGGACAGGAGUCAGGUUAGGAGCCAAACUUGACUUAAACCUUGAGCUAACACCAGAAAGAAGACAAGCCCCAGAGAGAGAGAAUCAUAGCUGGGAGUCUGUUUUGGCUUGAAGUGGAAUACAAGUUUGGUUUGCUGUGUCUGUAAGGGCCUGAUUAAUUUUAAGGACUGGGGAAAUCCCCUUUUGGGGAACGCUGGAGUGUGGUUUUGGACAAUGCACUGACGUGACAAUGAUUUUAUUAAAUGCCGUCUCCAUCUGG